UUUUGUUUUAUUCGAACACUUCCUCCCUUAACUAAAGAACAACUGUAUCGACCCUGCGCUCUUCCAAAAAAAACUAGAUCAAGUCCACCCAUUACUCUUGUGUUAGAUUUAGAUGAAACGCUUGUACACUGUAGCACAUCCCCUCUCGAUCACUGCGAUAUUACUUUCCCCGUCGAAUUCAACAAUAUCACGUAUACAGUUUCUGGUCGGCUUCGACCCCACUACAAAACCUUUCUUGAGCGCUGUUCAGAAAUCUUUGAAGUGGUGGUUUUUACAGCCUCACAAAAGAUUUACGCCGAUCGUCUCCUUAAUAUCAUCGACCCAACGCACAAAUACAUCAAGUACCGACUGUUCCGUGACUCGUGUUUAUUUAUAUGCGGAAACUAUCUAAAGGAUUUAAACAUUUUAGGCAGAGACCUGGCACGCACAAUUAUUGUUGACAAUUCCCCUCAAGCAUUUGCAUAUCAAAUCUGCAAUGGUGUACCCAUUAGUAGCUGGUAUGAGGAUCAUAGAGAUCAGGAAUUACUGCAUGUCAUGGAAUUCUUGGAAUCGAUCAAGGCUGUAGACGAUGUUCGGUAG